GGUACUGAGGGUGUCUUGUGCAUUCUGCCGAGUGGCAGCAUUAUUUUUGUUCUGUGGGCUGCUGCUCUGUCCACUGCCCCCUCACCCUGCUGCUUUGCCUGGGUCCCAACCUGCUUUAGCCACUUUUGGAAUAUCACACAUUUUCUCUCAUUUACAACCGUUUUGGAUAAGUGGAUUCUUACUUGUGAGCUGGUAAAGGACAGUCUGACAUUAUAAGUUGGCACAGUGGCCGUCAGGAUGUCAGGAUCAUUACAAGUGAUGCAGAAGCAGGAGCAGCAGCAGCAUCAACAACUACAGCAGCAGCAGCAGCAGCAGCUUCAUCAUCGCCGUCAUCAUCAGGAGAAACAGCAGCAUCACUAUGAGAGCAGCAGUUACCUCAGCAGCAAGUCGUCUGUUAGCAAGCAGUCGUUCACUGCUUACAAGACCACCAGCCGUCGCGUGACGACCUCUGAGAAGACGGAGAAGACAGAGAAGACAGCGAAGGGGCAGCAGGUGGUUAAACUGAGCCCGCUACCUAAGAGAGCCAAACGCACUUACCUGGCAAUGGACAAGGACAAAGAAGUUAUCGGAUAUGUUAUUCCUGUAUUUAGAGCCGACCAUGACGUGGUUCGGGGACUGAUGGAGGCCCAGGAGGAGUUCACAGAGGAAGGGAUUAACUAUGUGGCCAUGAGGAACCUGUUUGUCAGGGAGGCCAGGGAGGCUAUGGAGGUGAGGGUGGAGAAGAAAACCAGAUCAACACAGAUCCGGGAAUCUGCUGAGCGCGUGGAACUCAACAAGACGUUGGAGGAGUGGACAGAGUUCCGCAAGAAAAUGAACCCAGACAGCCUGACGCACCCUCCAGAGUUUAUUGUCAGACCCCGUGGACAGACUGUCUGGGAGGGCAUUACUGUCAAGCUGCACUGCACUGUGGCUGGGUGGCCCAAACCCAGGAUCACUUGGUACAAAAACAAUGUGCUCAUUGAUGCCAAGGCCCACCCUGAGAAGUACACAGCAGAGAGCAAUUAUAACAUGCACUCCCUGGAGAUCAAGAACUGUGAUUUCCUCGACACUGCUCAGUAUCGCGCCUCUGCCCUCAACAUAAGAGGAGAAGUUUCCUGUGUGUCCACCAUUGUUGUGAAGAGAUUCCAGGAAGAUGAGAUAGCAGGUCCACUUGAUCCUAAACCACAUGGUUUUUGCGCAGAGCAUGGUGUCACCUUUCUGACCACCAUCCUCGACAAAUUCGAAGUGGCCUUUGGCAGCGAGGGCGAGACGCUGAGUAUCGGCUGCACCGUCAUUGUUUAUCCGACAGUGAAGAAAUACCAGCCUGAAGUCGUCUGGUACAGAAACUCUGCUCCGUUAAAGCCCUCUAAAUGGGUCCACACCCACUGGUCUGGAGAACGUGCCUCACUAACACUUGUCCACCUAAACAAGGAAGAUGAGGGCAUGUACACCCUGCGUGUUAACACCAAAUCUGGCUAUGACACAUACUCUGCUUAUGUGUUUGUCAGAGAUGCGGAUGUGGAGGUGGAAGGGGUUCCCGUGGCCCCCCUGGAUGUGCGCUGUCAUGAUGCCAACAAGGAUUAUGUGGUGGUGACCUGGAAGCAGCCAGCGGUGGAGGGCAGUAGCGCCAUCCUAGGAUACUACAUCGAUAGGUGUGAGGUGGGCACCCAUCACUGGGCUCAGUGUAAUGAUACCCCAGUGAAGUACGCACGCUUCCCUGUCACAGGCCUGGUGGAGAGUCGUUCAUACAUCUUCAGAGUGCGGGCCUUGAACAAGGCAGGAGUCAGCCGUCCAUCCCGUGUCUCUGAUGCCGUGGUUGCCAUGGAUCCCUCUGACAGAGCUCGCCUCAGAGCUGGCCCCUCAGCUCCUUGGACUGGGAUGAUCAAGUUUACAGAGGAGGAUCCCACUGUGGGCGUUGUCCCUGGAGAACCCUCCAAUGUUGUGGUUACUGAGGCAACCAAGAGCUAUGUGGUGCUUGCCUGGAAGCCCCCAGUCCAGAGAGGUCAUGAAGGGGUCAUGUAUUACAUUGAGAAGUGUAUUUCAGGAACAGACACUUGGCAGAGGGUGAACACUGGUAUGCCAGUCAAGUCUCCCCGCUUUGCUUUGUUUGACCUGGCAGAGGGUAAAUCCUACAGCUUCCGUGUGCGCUGCUGCAACUCCGCUGGUGUGGGCGAAGCCUCUGCAUCCACUGGAGAGAUCACUGUUGGAGAUAAACUGGACCUGCCCACUGUUCCGGGGAAUCCCGUGGCCAUCAGGAACACUGACACCUCAGUGGCCGUCAUAUGGGCAGCCUCAAAGGAAGUUGUACAACUCGUUGGGUACUAUAUCGAAUGCACCGUGGUGGGCACUGAUGUGUGGAUGCCUUGCAACAACAAACCUGUCAGGCAGACCAGGUUUGUAUGUCAUGGUCUGACCACUGGAGAGAAAUACGUGUUCAGGGUCAAGGCCGUCAACGCUGCUGGAUACAGCCAGAGCUCAUCUGAUUCUGAUGCAGUGAUUGUAAAGGCUGCCAUCUCCGUCCCUGGAAAGCCUACCGGUGUGACCUUGCUGGAGGCUGUCAAGGACUACAUGGUAAUUUCCUGGACUGAGCCAGCUAACAACGGAGGUGCUCCUGUCAGAGGAUACUUUGUGGACUACAGGACCGUGAAGGGGGGUGUUUUUGGGAAAUGGCAUGAACUAAAUCAUCGGGAAUUGACUACAACCACAUACAAAGCUGAGAACUUGAAGGAGAACGUCUUUUACCAGUUCCAGGUGCGUGCUAUGAAUAUGGCUGGUGUGAGCAAAGGCUCUCUGCCCAGUGCAUCUCUGGAGUGCAAGGAAUGGACGAUUACUGUACCAGGUGCUCCUGUUGGUCUUCGUGCUCUGGAGGUGCGUGACACCUCUCUUGUGGUCCUGUGGGAGCCACCUGUAUUUAAUGGCCGCACUCCUAUCACUGGAUACUAUCUGGACGUGAAGGAAGCCUCUGCCGGAGAGUCGGGCUGGAAGGCUGUCCAUGAGAAGGUCAACAAGAUGAAAUACCUGAAGGUGACUGGACUGAAGGCUGGCACAUCCUACGUCUUCUGGGUGCGUGCUCAGAAUCUUGCCGGAGUUGGAAAGGCCUCCUCUGUCUUGGGUCCAGUCUUGGCCCAGACUCGUCCUGGCACCAAGGAGAUCUAUGUGGACGUUGAUGACGAUGGCGUCAUCUCUAUGGUCUUUGAAUGCUCUGAGAUGAAUGAAGGCUCUGAGUUUGUAUGGUCUAAGAAUUAUAAGGCCAUGACAGACACCUCUCGUCUGACCAUUGUCAGUGAAAAGGGCAGGACCAGAGCUAUCUUCAACAGUCCCUCUCUGGAAGACCUGGGAACUUACUCCUGUGUGGUCACCAACACUGAAGGCAUCUCGUCCAGCUACACACUCACUGAGGAGGGUCUCAUGCGUCUUCUGGACAUCAGCCAUGACCACAAGUUCCCUGUUAUUCCCUUCAAGAAUGAAAUGGCAAUGGAGUUGCUUGAGAAGGGUCGUGUGCGAUUCUGGACCCAGGUGGAGAAAUUCACGUCGGCCUGCCAAGUGGAGUACGUGUUUAACGAUGUCAUCAUUACCCAGGGAAAGAAAUACACAAUGAACUUUGACAAGACCACCGGUAUCAUUGAAAUGUUCAUGGACUCUCUGGAGGUCACAGAUGAAGGAACAUUCACCUUUAACCUGGUGGAUGGGAAGGCCAAGGGUACAACCAGUCUGGUGCUCAUUGGAGAUGAAUUCAGGGAGCUUCAAAAGAAAUCAGAGUUUGAAAGAGCAGAAUGGGUCAGGAAGCAAGGUCCUCACUUUGUCGAGUACCUUGACUUCACUGUUACUCUAGAAUGUGAUGUGCUUUUGAAGUGCAAGAUAGGAAAUGUCAGACCAGAGACUGAGAUCACCUGGUCUAAAGACAGCAAUGAGAUUGCAGAGGGUGAUGAAGACGCUAAGAAAAUUGAGAGAAAGGACGGAGACCUGACCUUUAAUAUUGGAAAGUGGAUAAUUAAGCAAGAAAAUGAAGGAAAAAAGCCACCUGCAGAUGACGUUCCCUCGCCACCAAGACCCAAAAUCUCCAAGAACGACAUCGGUAUUUAUGAGGUCUUCCUUAGGGACGACAGAGGCAAAGACAGGAGUGUCUUCAAUCUGACAGAUGCAGGAUACCAAGCUGUAAUGAACGAGCUGUUCAGGGUUAUUGCCAACUCCUCCACUGAAAUUAAAGUUGUCAGUACUGAACACGGCAUCGUCCUCUACUCCAAUGUAACUUAUUACAAUGAGGAGCUGCGCGUUAGUUGGCUCCACAAAGAUGCAAAGAUUGCUGCCUCAGAGAGAGUUAAGUGUGGGGUCACAGGAGACCAGCUGUGGCUUAAGAUCAAUGAGCCCACUGAGAAGGACAAAGGCAAAUACGCCAUGGACAUCUUUGAUGGCAAGGACGGCGUAAAGAGAGUCUUUGAGCUGAGUGGCCAGGCUUGGGAAGAGGCAUUUGAGGAAUUCCAAAGGCUCAAGGCGGCAGCGAUUGCAGAGAGAAAUCGCGCUCGUGUUGUUGGAGGCUUACCAGAUGUGGUUGCAAUCCAAGAGGGCAAGUCCCUGAACCUGACUGGAAAUGUCUGGGGUGAGCCCACACCUGAGGUGUCCUGGACAAAGAACGACAAGUUGCUGGUAUCUGACGACCGCUACAUACUCAAGUACGAGCACGGGAAGUUUGCCAGCAUCACAAUUGCCACUGUCACCACAACUGACUCAGGCAAAUAUGCCCUCCUGGUCAAGAACAAGUAUGGCACAGAAGCGGGAGAGUUCACCGUCAGCGUCUACAACCCUGAGGAAGAGGAGAGCAAGGAAAACAACAAAGACUAAAGGCUGAUCCUGUGUCAUGUAAUUAAGGAGAAAAUAUUUACAACUGGGCUUUCUCCAAAGUAUUUCACCUCAGCACAUGCUGUUGUACCAAAGCGAUUCAAAUAAAUGAUGAAUUCAACUGCUUUCCCCUGCAUUUUUCAUGACCUGGGCUAAAGAGCUUUGGGCAUUGCUUGUCAAGGAAGCCAUAAGUGAUUGUGGUACAGAGAUGAUAAUUGUGUGCUUAUAGUUGCUUGAUACUGUAUGUCUUCAAUGUCUUUUUGUCCAUAGACUGUAUAUAAAAGUGGACAUAGCCUUCUGGUUGCAAAACAAACUCCUGCGUUGAUGCCUAUAGGACAUCAUUUACAAAUUUGACAUCAUGUUCUUUUGAAGAAGAGACUCAUUGGACUCAACGGAAUUCUUUUUGCAACCAGCAAAAUUGCCCCCCCUGGUUGCUAAUCGCUACUUCCUGGGAUUCACUUUUCAAACCCGAAAACCAUUUUUAUAUACAGUCUAGACUUCUGUCACAGAGAUGGUUGGUAGCAUAGUUUUCUUAUUUUACAGUAUAACAUUUGGGUCACCUUUGACCCCCUCAAUCCAUGUCCAACUGAGGUUUAUGCACUAGACAAAAACAAAGGAAGCCAAACUUGUCAUUAACCUCUUGCCACCUUUAUGGUUUGUUUUGUGAGACGUUAAGAAAAUGUCACAUAUUCCCUUGUGUACGUAUUUCCCCUUGUCUAUUUAUAAACCACAACUAUGUUUAAACUCUGCUUUUGUCUUGUACCUGUGAUGCCGUGUUUACUAGCUACACUAGUCUGUUAUUACAUGUUGUAGGAGAGGUGGAGCAGGUAAUCCCUGUUGACAUGUAGAGUAGAGUAGUGUGAGCGUAACCACAUGCAUGACUGCUGAAACUGGUUCAGUCAAGAUGUCUUUCACAAUCAACAAAACUGAAAGCAAAAUAUUAAUUAUUAUUACUAAUUAUAAUUGGCAUACCUUUUAAAGGUAUCUCAGUAGAACUAGUCAUGCGAGUGUCACACUGUCAGAAAGAAAUGUGUUGAAAAUGGAGGGAAGGUUUUAUUGAAGGUAUUACAGAGGGGAGCUGUAAACUAACCUGCAGCAUUUUGUUAUGUGACUGUGUAUCUAACAAACAAGUUUUGAACGCGAGUAUCUUUAAUAAAGCUGCAUCUGCUUUGGAAAA